GUAAAACGCUGUCUUCGUCCAUGUAGUGCUGGUAAGAUAUACAGCAAGACGGGUGCUGGCUGCAACUCAUGUCCCAUUGGAACCUAUCAAGAUAAAAAGGGUCAAAGCAGGUGCAAAGCUUGUCCUCAAGGAAAAAAUACGGUCACUAAAGGGGCAAAGACACAGGCUGAAUGUCAUGAGAUGUGUCAAGCUGGCCAGUUUUCCAGCAAUGGAAUUAAGCCAUGUAAAGCAUGUCCUGUUGGAAAAUAUCAACCACAUGCUGGGAAAACAACUUGUUUAUUAUGCGACGUUGGCAAAACAACAUCCAAAACUUACAGCAAAAGUGCAAAAUCUUGUAAAUUUUUUGACAUGGUCAUGAAAGGUCCAACAACAGUACUGUCAAAACGUGGACUUGCUAGCAAUGUAGAUGAUUUGACCAUUUCCUUUUGGAUGGAAGUAAAGUCUGCUGAUGGAGAUAUAGUAAUCAAGCGGCCCGAUGGGACACUUCUAAUACAAAUCAGUUUCGGAGCAGUGUUUAAAGUCAAUUUCUUAAGAAAUUCCAUAUCUAACUUGGGAACAUUGACAUCCAGCUGGGUCCAUUUGUGCCUUGUGUACUCUCAUAAAUAUAAGAUGUUGACCAUAUAUAAAAAUGGAUUUGAACAUAAAGUCCAAAGAAUUGAAUCAGAUUAUUCUCCAGUGUUCACUUCUGGUACAGCACUAAGACUGGAUUUACGAACGUCAAGUGAAAUCACAAUCAGGUCCGUGUUCGUUAUUUCGUCUGCGCUUGGAUCUAUUGAUGUUAAGAAACUGGCCAACUUCUGUGGAAGCAAGCCACUCAGAUUUGCCAUAUCCAUCGCUGAUCUGAUUGCCAGUGCUGCACCGACUUUGUUUCAUUUCAACAUGCCGAGCACAUGUAAAGUAUUUGGCCAGUGGGAAAGGUGGGGUCUGUGUUCUCGAUCUUGUGGAGGUGGAAUCCGGUUGAGAAAGCGAAACUGUAACCUACCAGCUGCAAUGCAAGUACACUGCAACAAUUCAGAUAAUCAGACAGCAGCCUGCAACUCAGAGCCGUGCAAAGAGUGCUUUUCUAGUGAUAUCAGAGAAGGAAUAGGGUCAUCAUCUCAGUGUACUUUUAACAAUAAAGAGUUAAGCUGCAUUGCAGUCUGCAGAAACCCGAAUUACGUCAUUGAUGUACAGGAUAAAUCUGUUCUCAAAUGCAGACGCGGCAAAUGGGACCCAGAGAGUGCGGAAUUGGCUUCGUGCACUAUGGCAGCUCCACCCAUUUCGUUAAAGAUAAUUGCCAGUGGGACCUUAAACGGACCAGACUGCUUACCCAAGUCUGCUGUAGACAAAUUGAUAUCGGCCAUUGCUAAUAAUUCUGGUUAUCUGCACUGCAUCAAAACUGCAUUGUGUAAUAGCACUGUGAAUCUACAAUCUAAAGCCUGCAAAAAGACCAACAGAGUAAGCAGGUCAACUGGGACUCCUGUGACUCUCACACUGAGGGCAACCAUUCCUAAUAUUGAUCUCAAACUGGGUGAAUUCAUGCAAUCAAAACGAGUUACUCCAGAGCUACAAAAACUGAUUGAGGCCAUUAUAGAUAUGGAGAGGUCGGCACAGGAGCUAAAGAAAAAUCUUUCAGUUUUUAACGUCACUUUUAAGAACAGGAAUUAUUAUUCUCACCCAAAAGACAUCACAAUGAGAGCUGAUGUUGAGUGUCCACAGGGAGCAGCAGCCAGAAAUAUGCUGUGUGUGUACUGCUCCCCCGGAACAUAUUUUGAGGAUGGAGAUUGCCAUCUCUGUACAACAAACAUGUAUCAGAACGAAAUGGGCAAAACUGAAUGUAAGGAGUGUCCUACAGGAUCCACACAGUUCAACGGGACGGCAUCAGCUGAACUCUGCAAAGUGUCGGCAACUGAUGUACCUGAAGAUACUGCAUAUCCUAUUGAUUAUCUAGAUGUGCUAGUUGGUGUGGCAGUGGCAGUUGUUUCAUUAUUGGUGACAAUGGGAAUAAUUUUUCUCUUCUACAUGAAAUUCUGCAGGUCAAAGGCCCAUAAGGUUGAAAGCACUGACACAGACAUUAAAGCUGAAACACAGACUGCCACCAUAAAAACAAUACAACCACAUCUUGUAGCAUCGGAUCGUCCAUUUCCAUGGAACGACAAGACUGGAGCAGCCUUCAAGAAAGAUAUUGGUCCUAUAGAGGUUAUCCCAGAAGACACUUUUAGAACUAUCCCCAAAACUAAAAUAACAUCACCCACACAUCCAACACAUUCAUUGGGGACCACAAGCCACGGUUCGAAAUCAUCUCACAGUUCACUUGGUAAAACAAGUCCACAUAUGCAUGACAGGCAUGAUUCAGCCCAUCACGAGGUCACCUUGAUGGAUACACAUUUAAUGUCGUCAAACACUCAUCCAGUGUCGCCACACACUCACCCAGUGUCGCCACACACUCACCCAGUGUCGCCACACACUCAUCCAGUGUCGCCACACACUCAUCCAGUGUCGCCACCAGUGUCACCACAUAGACAAUCAAUUCCGAAGUCAUCAAACGACGAUUUAAAAUCAGGAUAUGUUCCACCAAAAACACGAUAUAUACCAGGAGGUUCUGGUUCAUAAAAUUGAGUUACAAUAUAACCAGUGGCGGAUCCAGAAAAUCCAGUUAGGGGGCCCCAGUGGCAUGAGGUGGAAUGCCAAGUGAACUUUUGGGGAGGCUUGGAGGGGGAUCGUAAUUUUUUUUUUUUUAAUAUAUAAUAAAAU